CUGGCGCCUAUAAAUACCAGCAUUGCCUGCUUUUCACAACCACAACAAGCACUUGUUAGAAAGAAAGGCACGCAAAAAAGAGUGUUUUUGAGAGAUGGCAGAUAGGGUGGUGAACACUGGGGAGGGAACAGCCGAGACCCGUCCGGGUUUCAAAGACAAGGGUGGGAGCUUGUUUCCGAAGAAGCAGAAGUCGGUGAAGACGAUGAUUGGUGAGCGCAUAGGCCAAUCCGUUGAUUCUGCUAUCAACAAUUUCAAGGACAAGAAAAAGAUCAAGCCUG